AACAUUAAAACAAAGAACAAAUUGUCACGCAACUUGCUUAUGGAUUAAAAAGCUAAAAUGGGAACGAAAAUUCCAGCAGAUCGAAUUUAUCACAGUGAUAAAGUACUUGCUGGUGUACCACAACUUCUCGAUGAUUUUCACAAGUUGAUUGAUGAUCAAGAAUCAGCUGAUGUUGUGUUUCUUUUGGGACGUGAAGAAGAACGAAUUUACGCUCAUCGUUUAAUUCUUAUGACAAGAUGUAAAAGUUUUCAAGUAUCGCCGGGUGCUUCAGCAUCAAAAAUGCGAAGUGAAAUUUGUCGGAUUCCCGGAUCAACUGUUCUUCCAUCACCUGCUGGAACUCCAACAUUAAUUCGUCUACCACAUAUACGACAUGAAGACUUUCGACAGUUCAUAACUUAUGUCUACACGGCAAAAAUUAUUCUUCACGAUUCAAAAGUCUUCCAAAUCAUGAACAUCGCACACGAUCUUGGAUUGACCGACCUCAAGACAGCUUGUCAAGAUCAUGUCAUUGCGACAAUGUCAGUUGGAAACGCUUGCACAUUCUUGACGUCAGCAAUGGAAAUUCAGGAAAAGAUCGGAGGAAAAUGCGCAGAUUCAUUCGUUGAUCGAUGCAUCGCUUACAUUGGUGAACAUGCCAAUGAAUGUGUGAAAUCUAGCGGAUUUUUGAACCUUUCAAAAGAAGCCAUCAUCAAAAUUAUAUCUUCGGAUUUUUUGUGCCUUGAAGAAGAAAAUGUUUUCCGAGCUGUUCUCGAAUGGAGUAAAAAUCAAGCUGGUGUUACGCAACCGUUAGCUCAUUGGAACGAUGAAGAACGACAAAGAGUGUGCAAAUAUCUUUCACCAAUCAUUCAUCACGUUCGAAUUCUUCUUAUUGACAGUCAAGUCUUCGCUGAAGAAAUUGAACCAACUGGUGCAGUGCCAAUGGAAUUAGUUUUGGAAAGAUACAGAUUUGCAGCACUUCAAUCGAAUCAGAAACAAGGAAUUCAAAAUAUUCCGCCACCACCACUUCCAUCAAGCUCAUCAGAUGCGGACAAGCGAUUACAGCCACGAUUGUCACUCAAUCUUUAUCCAGGUUCGAAUAUUUUGCGCAAUGAUAAAAUGCAUUUGCAAGCAACUUUAAAUGGAUUCUUUGGUAAUCCAAAGCAAACUUGGCGAUUGGUUUAUCGAGCUUCGAUUCAUGGAUUUACAGCGGCAGCUUUUCAUCGGCAUUGCGAUGGAAUUGCUCCAUUAAUGGUCAUUGCUUUGGGAAAUCGUGGCGAGAUCAGUGGCGGCUUUACUGAUGUUGCUUUUACAAAAACUAAUCGCAAAGGUGGUUACAUUCAAUCGGAAAGAGCUUUUCUUUUCGCUCUCAGCUCACCUCAACCAAACUUUCAAAUUGCAAAGUUUGAUAUUGUUAAAAAGCCUUACAGUAUUUGUUAUCAUAAAGAUUGUGGUCCAAUUUUUGGUGCCGGUGCCGAUCUCUUAAUUGCCAAUAGUUGUAACACUAACAUGGAUUCCUAUUCAAACUUACCACAUUCAUAUGAUGGAGCGAAUGCAAACUACACAUCACUCUUCGGUGAUUAUAAUUUCACAAUUCCAGACUAUGAAGUUUUCACUUUGGGAUGA